GGGUUAAUAUCGUCUUUGCAGAACUGAUCUGGAUACUGGAGCCUUCCGAAUCGAAGAAAAAGCUCACAUUGGUUUCAAUCGUCUAGACACCGAUCAUUGGGGAAAAACCUUAAUCUCAAUCAACAGUCAAUGCAGUUUCAAUCCGUGCUUCAUAAUAUAGAUUUCUCGCGCGAUUGAUCCAUGGUAGUCUAGAGAGUAAGAGAAAAACCCAAGAUCAUCUUUUAGUUCACCAAACUUUGAAGCUAAGGAAUGGCGGAAAAAGCAUGUAUAAUGCGCUUGCAAAAGGAAUAUAGAGCACUCUGUAAAGAACCUGUUCCAAACGUUGUGGCCCGGCCAUCUCCAAGUGAUAUCCUUGAGUGGCAUUAUGUAUUGGAAGGGUGUGAAGGAACACCUUUUGCAGGUGGAUAUUAUUAUGGAAAGAUCAAGUUUCCUCCAGAAUAUCCAUAUAAACCUCCAGGAAUCAAAAUGACAACUCCAAAUGGCCGAUUUAUGCCAGAAAGGAAAAUAUGCCUGUCUAUGAGUGACUUCCACCCAGAGAGUUGGAAUCCAAUGUGGUCUGUUUCAAGCAUUCUCACAGGGCUGCUUUCAUUCAUGAUGGAUAAUAGUCCAACCACAGGCAGUGUAACAACAACAAUUGCUGAGAAAGAAAAACUCGCAAAGGUUUCUCUUGCUUACAAUUGUAAAAACCCAACCUUUAGGAAGCUGUUUCCAGAAUACGUGGAGAAGUAUGAACAGCAGCAGCUUGCUUCACAGCCUGUUCCCAAGCAGGUUCCACCUGUGGUAACUCAAAUGGAAAGUUCCAGCCCUUUACUAGAGGAACAUAGUAAUCCUACAAACGAAGAUUUGAAUAGAGUGGAUCUUCCACAACACAUGGUUAACCGAAGAAAACAAUCUUUCCCGACUUGGCUGUUGCUGCUAUUAUUCUCAAUUUUUGGCGUCGUAAUGGCUCUGCCUUUGCUUCAGCUUUGAUGCUCAGGAUCACAACACAACAAAGUCUGGAAGGGCUGUGUGUUUCCUUCCCUUUUCUUCUGAUUACUUGUGGGCACUUAUAUCCUAGGUCUUAUAUAACCAAGAUGGUGUUUGUAUAGGUAUAUGGUGCAAUGGGAGAUGAAAAGUGAUCUCUCCUGCAAUCAUCUGAUGUGAUUAUUCUUGCUUU